GGCUUACAUAGUUAAAUUAUUAUUCUCAUAAAUUGAUACAGAGAAUAGACAAAUGGAGAGAGUGUAUGCUAUUGUUUUCUUUCUUUUCUUAGGUUGUGGCAUUCAAGCUAUCACUGAAAAUGAAAUUGAUAUUUUAUGCUCACAACCCGACUCUACCAUAAUUCAUAUUAUGUCUUGCACUGUCAAAAAUGACAAAAGAGCUGAAAAGUUUGUCGAUAUCUUGCACGAAUGCGUGAGCAAAUAUUUCGAAACUCCUGGACGUUUGGAAUCGUUUAAAAAUUUUCUUUGUCAUCCCGAAAUAAAACAAUCCGUAUUUGUUUACGCGUGUCUCUACGAUCGUCGUGACGAAUUAGAAGACACCGUCGUGUUUGAUGUAAACGAUAGCAGUGAAGAAAUCGGAGAAAAUGCUGAAAUAUAAUAAAACAGAAAUCUAUUUGGAAUGAAUGAUUAAUAUAAAUUGAAAUAAUCAUAAAUACUGUAUAUCAUUACGUAUUGAAACUAUAUUAAUGUAUACUGUUUAAUAUAAAAUUGAAAAAAAAAA